GCUCCUGUUCAUGAAAUGAAAAUCUUGGUGGCCAGAGCAGAGAGCAACUUUGAAGAACAGUCAGAAGUAAUUGCUGAGUCUACAAAUAAAGUUCUUGAAGAUGUUGGUACUCCAGGGGAGGAGAUUCACCUGAAAGUUGUGGUUGCAAAUGAAGUAGGAGAAACGGAGAGCAGAGAAGAGAUUGUGACCCUUCUUACUGAAGAACCCAAGUUCACCCCCAAUGCAUCACCAAGGGGAACCACUGUGGAUUCCCUCACGGUAGGAUGGAGCCAGCCUGAUGAAGAGAUGAAGGAGUUCGUUGGUUACUACCUUCUAUCACUGACAGACCCCAACACAGGAGAUGCUCAGCAGGCCAUGAAGCCAGCUCCAGCCUCAGAUCACAUGUUUACAGGGUUAAAGCCAGCAACUCAGUACCAAUUCAUGGUGAAAGCAUGCAUGGAUGUCUUUGCUGAUGAAAAGCGUGAUUGUGGAAAUUUCUCAGCUCCUGUGUUUGGAAUGACCCUCAAUGGUGUGCCAGACAGGAUUUCUGAUCUUCUGUUAGAAUGUGAGCAUAGUGUAAAUAAGGUCCCCAGCACCAUCAAAAUUCUCUGGCAACCACCAAAGAAUCCCAAUGGCGUGAUUGACCAUUAUAAAAUAGAAAUUGUGGAGAAAAGCAUCUUACACAUCAAUGGGGAUGGCCAGAGAAGAUAUUAUAAUAAUGACUAUAGACAGAAUGUUGCUGGGUCACUCAGGAAUUACACUUUCUACAAUGCUCUCCAAACACAAACUAUACCAUCAAGCUAUAGUUUAUGCUGGCUCAAGACAUCGCUACAGUUCUUCCAUGAAUGCUGUGUGUUCAAUGCUGUUUGGGUACCAACACCUGAAAGAAUAAGUUGGUGGAAAUAUCCUCAUGAUGGACGAACUGUUCUUAGACUUCCAGUUCCAAGGGCAUCAGAGCGGAAUGGAACCAUCUGCUGUCACAGGAUUGUUAUUGUGAAAUUGUCAAAGGGAGAAACGAUCCACUCUAUAGCGGAGCCCAAAGACUUGCCUCUCAGCACCUAUGAUGAGGUGCACCGGUCACCUUCAGCAUCUGGAGCCUAUGUUGCUGAAGCCUUUUCCAGGUGGUCUGUGAAGGACAAGUACCUGCUCUUGGGAGAUGGAAAGGUUGUAGGAAAUUGGUCUGAGGGAUGUGCGGCUUGCUUGGGGGAGAUGAUGCCUAUGGGUGAAGCAGCAGCAUCCACCAGCAAUGAGAGCCGCAUCAAAAGGGCCAUGACGAGGGGAAACAGGCGGUCCCUCCUGUCACUGCAAGUCCUGCCGCCAGUUGUAGAUGGUAUACUUCACAGGAAUCUAACUACACAGGCUUUCGUGAAAGACAUUCCAUACAGUAAUGACCAACCAACACACAUAUCUCAGAUGCAGAUUAUAUAUGUGGCUGCUGGUCUUUUCACUUUCCUUCUCCUGUUAACAAUUGGAUUAUGUAGUCUUCUAUGUUUCUAUCGUAGAAGGAAUAAGCAUUUGGAAGAGGAAGAAGUCACAGAGAGUCUGUCUGGAUCUCUUGGGCGAAUCUUCCGAUCUCUAAGAAGAUCUCACACCCUCAUGUCUCAGCCAGCUGUAGAUGUAAAGCCAGUUCCACGAGAGGAACUUGUGCCUCAGUAUGUUGAGAAACUAAAAGACUCGGAACUAGGAUUUAGAAGAGAAUAUGAGGCACUGCCAGAGAAGUUCUACGAUCGUACAAGUCGGGCUUCAGAUCUCAUUGAGAAUGCCCCAAAGAACCGCUAUCCUGAUAUCAAGGCUUAUGAUCAGACACGUGUCAAGCUGUCACAAAUUAAUGGUGCUGUUGGGACCGAUUACAUUAAUGCAAAUUAUGUUUUGGGCUACAAGGAACGGAAGAAGUUCAUCUGUGCUCAGGGACCAAUGGAUACAACUGUGGACGACUUCUGGAGAAUGAUUGUAGAGCAGCGCUGUGGUGUUUGCGUGAUGCUUACUAAUUUAGAGGAGACUGGCAAGAUCAAGUGUGUCAAGUAUUGGCCUGAAGCAGGACAAAUUAAGACCUUUGGAAAUAUUACAGUGCAUCUCAUCAAGGAAAAAGCAUAUUCAGAUUACAUGGUUCGGACUCUGAGGCAAUGGGGUGAGCCAGAUGACCCCCAAACACAUGAGGUUCUCCAGUACCACUACCUGCUCUGGAAAGACUUUAUUGCUCCUGAACACCCUACUGGAGUACUCUCCUUCCUGCGGCGUAUAAAUGAGGCCUAUUCACAUGACCAAGGGCCGCUCUUGGUUCCAUGCAGUGCUGGAGUAGGGCGAACAGGAACUUUAGUGGCUUUAGACUCUCUGGUGAUGGAGCUGGAUGAAGAAGGUCAGGCCUCAAUCUUCAACUUCAUUUGUGAUUUGCGGCAUCAGAGAAACUUCCUCGUACAGUCCCUUAAACAGUAUGUGUUCAUCCACCGUGCACUAAUGGAGUACAGCCAGUUUGGAAACACUGAGCUUACCAUAUCUCAGCUGAAAGAAGUUUACAGCAACCACACACACCAUGACAGUUUAGAUGAUUCGUCGCCCCUUGAGAAGGAAUUUGAGUAUGUUCUCUUUUUCACAGCGGCUGGUAAGGUAGUAGAAGAUAGAAAAGCUUUUGCUAUUGCAACAAGUGAAGAGAAUAAACCCAAGAAUAGGUAUGACUUCUUGCUGCCAUAUGAUAACAAUCGUGUUAUCCUUGCACCACUGCCUACCAAACCAUCAUCUACUUACAUCAAUGCCUCCUUUGUUACGGGUUAUGAUCUGGCUGAGUCAUUUAUAGUCACUCAAGACCCAAUGGAGAACACAAUUGCAGACUUCUGGAGAAUGGUGUUUGACCAAGAAGUUACAACCAUUGUCAUGCUGUCUGAGCUGGGCAGUGGAGAAGGAUGCUGUAACAAAUAUUGGCCAGAUGAUGAAGAGCAAUAUGAACAUAUCUCAGUGAAGCUUGUUUCGAGUGAAAGCUAUCCUAAAUACUCCAGCAGAUCAUUCCUGCUUACAAACACAAAGUUGGUAUUUUCAUAG